AGCCAAUAAAGACUUUCGCAAUGCCUCCUCUGACCUGUGGACUUUACAUUCAGAGUGCAGUGUUUAGCACCGGCUGAUUGCGAGAGGACACCAGCCGCAUGGUGACUUUGUUCUGAGCCGGUUCAUCGGCGGAGGAGCCGACAUGCAGAACGUACCAGAGGAGUGGAGGGAAGGACGGGAUGAGGGGACGGGGGAGAUGUUAGUCAAGAGGAGAGGUGAUUCAGAGUGCAGCGGUGAAGACAUGAAGGGCGAGAGGAGGAAGAGUGCCGGGACAGGUGGCGAAGAGGUGGAGAGAGAGACGCUGAUGAUGGAGCUGACGAGGCUGGUGCAGAAGAUGGUGAGAGAGAGCAGCUGGUGGGAGAGGAGAGGGAUCGAUUGCAGCAUCCUGGCAGGCGCGUUCCUCUGUCUGCCACCCGCCUUCCUACUGCUGUCCUCCUCCCACAUCCUGCGGUUCUCCGCGGGCAUGCUGCUGAUGGGAGUGGCCCACGCGGUCAUCACCGUCAAGGGGACGCAUCUGGCCAGCCACGGGGCGCUGAGCGAGUCGCAGGCCUGGGGGAGGUUCUGGGCCGUCUUCUUCAUCGAGAUCUGCGGUUCCUUCUCGGCGCGAGCUGGCGUGCACGGACACAUCAAGAUGCACCACGCUCACACCAAUGUCGUGGGACUGGGCGACUCCAGCGUGUGGAAGGUCCCCUUCCUGCCUCGCGCCGUCUACCUGUUCGUGGCCCCCCUGGCCGUGCCCGUCAUCACGCCGCUCGUUGCACUGGCUCACCUCAGAGGCCUCGCUCUGGCCCACAUCGCCAGGACCGUCCUGAUGGUUUCACUGGGCCUGUACUCGCAGUACUGGCUGCUGAUCCACGCCUCCGGGUUCAGGUCCCCUCACGGCGCCUUGCUCUGCAUGCUCGUCUGCAGAGCAAUGUUCUCCGUGCCGUACAUCCACGUCAACAUUUUCCAGCACAUUGGCCUCCCCAUGUUCUCUCCGACCCGCCGACCGAAGAGGAUCUACCAGAUGACCCACGGAGUCCUGAACCUGCCCCGUAACCCGGUGCUGGACUGGACUUUUGGACACUCGCUUAUCAGCUGCCACGUGGAGCACCAUCUCUUCCCCUUCCUGUCUGAUAACAUGUGUUUAAAGGUGAAGCCUGUCGUGUCCAAGUAUCUGGCUGAAAAGGAGCUUCCGUACCAGGAGGACGGCUACCUCUCUCGCCUGACCCUCUUCUUCCACAAAUACCAGGAACUGAUGGUGUUCGCCCCCCCGAUCACAGAGCUGGUGGGGGUGCAGUGAUGGAGAUGAACCCGCUCGGACUAACGGCCGCUGCCGCUCCAAAGCACACGCGUCAGUUUUUAAGUGCAUUUCUGCUGACAUGCUCCAACCUCCAGGUUUGAACUGCGUCUAACGUACAUGAUAGGGCUCGAUUCAAUGCGACUCUAAGACAUUAGGAUUUAUGUCGUUAAAUUAACGCAACGUCUUCAUGAUUGAGUUGGUUUUUUUUGGUUCUUUUUUUUUUAAAUCAACUGAACAAAUGGCACAAAGAUAAGCACUCAGUGAAAAGCUUGAUUGGGGCUAAUGAGUUCUGCAUUUAGGGUCACACUGGGAGAUUAAUUGUAGCUCUGUAAACUGACCUGGGGUCUGUCUGACGAAGCAACUUAUUCAGGCCCUGUCUGAGCUUCCCGUCGGUCUCGCAAAGCCGGCUGCCGACCGGCUCCUUUAACUCCGGGUUUAACAGUAACAUGCGGCGUUUUGGGGCGAGACGUCCACUGCCACACCUCAGGAGACUGAUCCUUUCCUUCUAGUAUGUGAUAACCAUUACAAUCAUUUUCUAAUAUUUCAUCUGGGCAAUUCAGCUUCAUUCAACUUAAUCUCACUCUGUCGACUGAAGUAGCACCAGCCUCUGACUCAUCCUGGUUUCGAUCACAUCCGGGACACGAUGCGGAGCACCAGAACCCUCGUCGCACACUUCCCUGUGUGAGUCUAACAAGUUCAGGGUUUCGGUUCAUCUGUGCAGUGGCCGUGAUGCCCGCAGACGCUCCCUGCCACCUCUGUACUGCGCUGCAGGCGUUAUCAGUAACCUGACCCCCUAUGACCCCAACGUUCAUUUUCGAUUAUACAACCUACAGCGUGCACUUUAGGUCUGCGUUCACAAAGUGCUGGUUUCCGGUAAUAUUUUCUUUAACGUCCAUACAGAUCUUUUGCAGACCAGUGUUCAACCACCAGCAGCCCUGUAGAGGCGCGGUGCACCUGCAGAAAUACCACCGCUGCUGGCUGUCACGCCGUCGGCUGAAACUACUGACCGCUGCUGUGGCUCUGCUCUCACUCGCUCACAGCUGCACCUGGGUCGGUGUAUCAGUUACUUUACUUUACCAGAAUCUACGCUGCAGGAGGUAGGUUCUUGCUGUGGAACCAUG